CCCCACGGUCCCGGCUGCCCCACGGCCCCGCGGCCCCGCGCCCAGCAAAGGGCAGCGAUGCUGAUGCUGGACUGCAAUUCAGAGUCUGGUAGUUUCAGCAACCUAUUUGAGACAGGAACCGGUGUGAAUGCACCUGCAGAUGCCUCUGGUCAGUCUCCAGCUCACUUGGCUGCUCGUGGUGGUGAAGCUUUUUUCCUACUUUGGCAACUGCAGACAGGAGCGAAUUUGAACCAACAGGAUUGCCUUGGAGAAGCCCCAAUACAUAAAGCAGCAAAAGUUGGGAGUUUGGAAUGUCUUGCUCUCCUUGUUGCUGGUGAUGCUAAAAUUGACUUGUGCAACAACAGCGGACAGACAGCAGCAGACCUUGCACUGGAUUAUGGCUUUCUGGAAUGUGCCAAGUUCCUCAGGACAAUUGAGCACACUCAGACAAUGAAACUGAGAGGACAGUCUGGAUACUCACUAAGUGACAGACAUGGUUUGCAGAGAGAGAAUCCAACUACACAGAAACAAGAAAGUGAAACCAUCAGAUCCAUAAACAGAAAGAGGAGAAGAUCAGAUGAUCUUGUCUCCUAGCUGCUAGAAGAAACAGCCUGUAAUCCCAAAAUGAAAUAAGGGGAAUCUGAAGUCUGAAGAACCAUGACUGGAUGAUAAACUGAGCAGUCAGAUGUGUGUGCUGGGACAUUGUCUCCUUCUGAGAAGGAGGAAAGCUUGUUUAUUGUUACUUCUUACAGAAGAAUGUUGUGAGGUUUUCUCCCCCCCUGGAAUACUUGUUCAGCUAUAAAUUAAUGAACAUGGAAGAAUGAGGUCUCUUGCUUUUUUUUUCUCUGUAAAUAUGAAAGCAAAAUUAAUAAAAUUCAGUAAAUAAAGCCAUUCUUUUCCCACUCCUAAAAAGCGUAAUCAAGAAUACCAGCAACAAACAAGGCCUUUGAACAGAUUCAUAAUGGACAAGACAGCUGGCUAAAGAACUUGAAAGGCAGAGGACAGUUUAUCUUUUUGUCAUGAAAGAAUUCCAUAAAACAAAAGGAUUUGGCAUUAAUCUGUAAAGAUUCUAGCAGAAGAGAAAAUACUAUAUAAACCUACAGUACUGCUACGGAAAAGUAGAGAGUAUUCGUUCCCUAAUAAAUGCAUUUGUAAGGAAUACAGUUCAAAGCAGGUAACUCUUAUUUCUAGAGGUUUC